UUGGCUAUGCAUGCAUAGGUAUGCCAGAUGAGCAGAGAGAGGGUCUCCAGGAAGAGUUAAUCGACAUCAUCCUCAGAGUUCUGCAACGUAAUCCCCAGCUGCACUACUACCAAGGAUACCAUGACAUUGUCGUGACCUUUUUAUUAGUUGUGGGAGAGCGUCUUGCAACUGCUCUAGUGGAGAAGCUCUCCACACAUCACCUCAGGGACUUCAUGGAUCCCACUAUGGACAACACAAAACACAUUCUUAACUAUCUGAUGCCCAUCAUUGAAAGGGUCAACCCUGAGGUGCAUGACUUCAUGCAACAGGCUGAGGUGGGUACAGUCUUUGCUCUCAGUUGGCUCAUCACAUGGUUUGGCCAUGUCCUGUCAGACUUCCGCCAUGUUGUACGGUUGUAUGACUUCUUCCUGGCCUGCCAUCCAUUGAUGCCAAUCUACUUUGCUGCUGUGAUCGUGCUGUACAGAGAGGAGGAGGUAUUGGAGUGUGAAUGUGAUAUGGCCAUGGUUCAUCACCUGCUAUCCCAGAUUCCCCAGGAUCUACCCUAUGAGACGCUCAUCAGCCGAGCAGGAGACCUCUUUGUACAGUUUCCCCCCUCUGAACUGGCUAGAGAGGCUGCUUCACAUGAAAGCAUGGCAAGCUCUACCUUUAAGGACUUUGAACUUGCAUCUGCGCAGCAACGACCAGACUCAGUUCUCCGUCGCAGACGCAGACAAAAGCAGGCUGCACUGGAGAGCUCAGGAGUGAGCUCUGUAGUUGCAGUGGCCCGACCUUCAGCAGCACGGCGGUUUGUUCGACUUGCAGUCAUGGGUCUCACAGUGGCUUUAGGGGCAGCAGCUCUUGCUGUGGUCAAUACUGCUCUUGAGUGGGCCCCCAAGCUAGACUUAUUUCCUUGAACUGCUUUUCUUUUACACCAACACUCCAUGUAUUCUGUCCUCUACUAAAUCAAGCUGGUGGGUCUGCUAUCAAGAACCCUUUAAUGGUUUAAACCACAAACCGCGGAGUCGGCAACACUGUCUGGGUGCACUCUCUAAAGUCAGUCUCUUUCGUCUUCGAGGAUGUCUUUCUACUCUGUGUAGGGUUUGUCAGGCCUUUUUGCUUUGUAAUUCCCGAAUAGGCACCAAUGUAAAUGCUGCUGUUGUUCUGAAAUGAAGAAUAUAAUGAAGAGACUAUGUAUAAGAAGCAUUAUUGAUGGUCAUCACGAAAGCUUAUUUAUAUUUAGUAUUAGGAUAAUCUAAAGGCAUUAUCCUCACAGGGAUUUGCAGAAAACUUGGCAGACUCACUACAUUUGAAACUGCUGCCAAUUACGAGCGCCUGAGUGAAUGUGUGUGUAGUUGAGUGUGUGCGCAGUCACAAACCGUUUGUUAUCUAUUUGAUACCUGGACCAAAUAGGGAAUUCCUGAAUUCUCGCUUUGUAAAAUUUACUGUUUGUUAAUUUUAAGGUAAGUAACUGUAUAGAAACAUGACACGCAGGCACUUUAAGGGUCACCAUUUCAUUAUUUAGUAUUUCAUUAGUUAUGUUUAACCCUUUCAGUAAGCGUAUAAAGGUAUCUUCUCUUAAGGACCGAGUAUCUUUAACACAUCAGCAGCUGUUACCCAUGACUUGCUUAAAUGAAACUGGUCUUACAGAAGUAAAUACAUUGUAGCUUACUUGAAAUUUUUGUUUGCCUAAACAUAUAUUUGAGAAUAUGCCCUCGCAAUAGAAUAUAGCUUUCAUCACCCAGGAAAAUAGUAUAAGAGUAGCUGAGUGAUAACGUUUAAGUUAUUUAAUGCUUGCACACACACACACGCACCUGAAAAUGAGUUUGUGUUUUGUGUACCCAAAUAACUAGUUCAUGUAAAAAAAAAAAAAAUUGUAGAGAAGAUUGUCAUAUCCUAAUAGUUCCCACAAUAUGGUCAUUCACCAAAUGCCUAGUAACAGUAAAUAUCAGAGGUGGAAUAAGUAAAAUGAAGUGGAUAUUGUUGUCUUCUUAUUAGCAGUAUAGCAGACCUGGCUUGUACUGACUGCAUUAGUUUUGUAAAAUCACUUUGAUUUGAUAGUUGCUUUUACACAGUUUGUUUGGAAGGGUGCUCCUUUUAGAGAAGUGCCUGGGCCUUCAUAUUAAUUCUGUCUAAUAUUUUAGAUUUAUACGUGAUUUUUGCUUGAUUUGAGCAGAUCCUCCUUUGUAAAGUGAUUUGAGUGUAGAAUUAGUCCAGGGUACCAGAUUGGUCCAGUCAUUGGCAUUAAAAUCACAUCCUUAAAUAGGAGAUUUUAUUUUAAUAAGGUUUCGUUUAUUGUCAGUCAUUUGAAAACCCACAGUUCUUGUUUCAAAUAUCAGCCUUGAGUUCUCGUCCCCUACCGGGACACAGAACUGGUAGUCCUCUAAAAACUUCUUAAUUGGGUGAAACUCAUCAAAGUGAUUUUAUUUGAUGCUUUUUUUUUUUUCUAUGUGAAGCUGAAGGCUUGAUGCUCCAGUGCUGUGCUGUGUUUGAUUGGUUUAUUGGCCUUGUAUUGAGCCUCUCAUUCAGCUGGUAAGGGAUCUGCAAGCUGACUGAAAUGAAGGUGACCUGGCACAUGUCCGAGGAUGCUCUUAUGCUCCUAAGAGCUUAGUUGUUGAGCAUUGUAAUGCAGCACGUAUCUGCACUCAGCGGUGUUCAUUUAUUUUCAUUGCACUAAACGAUUUAUCUGCCUUUUAUGUUUAUUUUUGUUACUAUUCGACUGUCUACUAAUGUAAAGUUGUACAAGAGAAUGCUAAUAAACUAGAGUGAAAAUGUUUUAUGCA